GGCUGGCUCGCCUGGAGUUUGGUACAUUUCAUCUUAACCCGAGUUGCUUUGGCUGAAAGAGAGAGAGGAGAAGCAGCUGAUGGUGGAAAAGUAUCCAAGUUGCGGAGCACCUCGGCACAGAAUCCCUCCGCAGUGUGUAGGGGGGAGGCUGCCGUUCACCCCCCUCUCUCUCUGCCCCUCCCUCGCAAACAUGCAGGAGCGGGCAGACCUGCACUGAAUGGGGCAGAUGUGGCACGGGCUUGCAUCCGGCAGCAAUGGUUUGAUCAGAGGGCUGGUGAAGUUUAAUUUUCCUUUGACAGCGAUAUCAGUAUCCGAGCGCUGGGUGAAACAGAGCCCGGCUUGGGGAACUGGCCCAGAAGACCUGAUUUACCAUGAAUUCUGUCUCCACAAGCAAGGAGCGAGCAGCCUUCGCAAGGAAUCGGAAGCAUGUGGGGUCGGCGGAGAGUUACUCGCCCACAAAACUGGCAAGCUUCGCCCCAGAAAUCUGGUCCAGGAAAGGAUUUCAGAUGUACGAGGAUUCCCGGGUUGCCCACCGACCCGCCCCGGAGGGUGCUGGUUCCGUGCCGGGUUCGGGCACCGCUUCACCCGCUUCCAGCACCGGUUCUCCCGGUUCGUCCGGCGGCUCGCCGGGAUCUCUGGCCGGGUCAUCGCCAGGGUCGUCGAGUACCGGCUCCCCGGGCUCAGCCACCGGCUCCCUGGGGUCGGGAGGCUCGGACGAUAAAGGGAUUUGGUGCGAGAGCUGCAACACCAGGCUGGUGGAACUCAAGAGGCAAGCGUUGAAAAUGAUGGUCCCGGGCGCCUUCCCCAGUAAGGACCCGGCUCUCUCGGCGCUGAUUCACGACAAGCUGCAAGUGCCCAACACCACACGCCGGGCCUGGAACGAUCGCGACAACCGGUGUGACGUCUGCGCCACCCACCUGAACCAGCUGAAGCAGGAGGCCCUGCAGAUGGUGCAGACACUGCAGCAGGCAGCCUCUCUGGAGCCACUCGAGCCCUCGCCUGGAUCCCCCCCACCUCCCUCCAGCAUCCCCUCGCUGGUGGGCUCGCGCAACGGCGGCUCCCUUCCGCCGCCCCGCGAAUGGGCCUUCAUCCCCACUGCCUACGCCUCCAGCAACGCCUACGCCGGCCUCCUCAGCAACAAGCACGCCGGCAAGCCCAACUCACUAGGCCUCGGGGCAGAGAAGAAAGGCAGCACAUCCGGGCACCCGGUCUCCAAGGGAGGGCUCCAUGUGCCCACCAGCCCCAGCAACGGCAACAUCCUCAGCUCCGUCACCAUCCAAGCCCACCAGUACCUGGAGGGAGCCUGGUCAGUGUCCCGGUCCAAUGGAGUGACCCUCUACCCCUACCCGAUAUCCCAGCUGAUGUCAGACAACUGCCGGGAAGGAUUGACUGAGGCUGUCCUCAACCGCUACAACUCGGACAAGCCGUCGGUGUACAGCUUCUCAGGCUCCCAGAGCACCUACGUGACGAGCGUGGCCUCCAGCGGGACCUCGGCCGCAGCCUCCUUCUUCGUCAGAGCCGCCCAGAAGCUCAACCUGUCUUCCAAGAAGAAGAAGCACCACCGGCCUCCUGCCCCAAAUGUGUCCGAGCCCCUACCCUUUCCAACCAACUUCAGCGGCAUCCUGCAGACGUCCUCCCCCCCAGCACCGCCGUGCCUGCUUCGGGCCAUCAGCAAGGUGAAGGACAAUCCCGGGAUUGGCAAGGUAAAAGUCAUGCUGCGAAUCUGUCCGGCCUCCAUGGGGGACUUGUCCGAAUCCAGCUGCUUCUUCAAGGUGGACCCUCGUAAGAAGCAGAUUACCCUGUAUGACCCUCCGGUGAACGGGCUGCAGAACUCCUCUCAGAAGAGAGGCUGUCUAGUGCCGCCAAAGAUGUUUGCCUUUGAUGCCGUCUUCCCGCAGGACUCUUCGCAGGCUGAAGUUUGUGCUGGGACUGUAGCAGAAGUCAUCCAGUCCGUGGUGAAUGGGGCUGACGGCUGCGUCUUCUGCUUUGGCCACACCAAACUAGGGAAGUCGUACACAAUGAUUGGGAGAGAUGACUCUAUGCAGAACCUGGGUAUCAUCCCCUGUGCCAUCUCCUGGCUUUUCAAACUGAUUAACGAGAGGAAGGAGAAGACGGGAGCUCGUUUCUCAGUCCGGGUCUCGGCAGUCGAAGUGUGGGGGAAGGAAGAAAACCUGAAGGACCUACUGUCUGAGGUGGCCACAGGCAGUCUGCAGGACGGCCAGUCUCCUGGAGUCUACCUUUGUGAGGACCCCAUCUGUGGCAUGCAGCUGCAGAACCAGAGUGAACUCCGCGCGCCAACGCCGGAGAAGGCCGCCUACUUCCUGGACGCCGCCAUCGCCUCGCGGCGCAGCAGCCGCUCGGGAUGCGACGAGGAGGAGCUGCGCAACUCCCACAUGCUCUUCACCCUGCACAUCUACCAGUACCGCAUGGAGAAGAGCGGCAAGGCCGGAAUGUCAGGAGGUCGCAGUCGUCUACACCUCAUUGACCUGGGGAGCUGCGUCAAGGUGCUCAGCAAAAGUCGCGAGGGCGGCUCCGGACUCUGCCUCUCCCUGUCUGCACUGGGGAAUGUCAUCCUGGCUCUGGUUAACGGCACCAAGCACAUCCCGUACAAGGAGAGCAAGCUCACCAUGCUGCUGCGAGAGUCCCUCGGCAAUCUGAACUGCCGGACCACCAUGAUCGCCCACAUCUCGUCCUCCUCCAGCCACUACUCCGAGACCCUGUCCACCAUCCAGAUCGCCUCCAGGGUGCUCCGAAUGAAGAAGAAGAAGACAAAGUACACCUCCAGCUCAUCUGGAGGCGAGAGCUCCUGCGAAGAGGGACGAAUGCGGCGGCCAACGCAGCUGCGGCCUUUCCACCCGCGGGCCGGGACUGACCCGGACCUGCCCAUGCUGAACUUGGCGGGAGAGCCCGAUUACUCCUCCAGCAGCGAGCAGUCGUGCGACACCGUGAUCUACGUGGGCCCCAACGGCGCCGCGCUCUCCGACAAAGAGCUGACGGACAACGAGGGCCCGCCCGAGUUCGUCCCCAUCAUCCCCUCGCUGCAGAGGGCCCGAAAGGAGGCGGGGCCGGAGGGAGGGGCAGAGGGGGACUGCCUGAAGUGUAACACAUUUGCCGAGCUGCAGGAACGACUGGAGUGCAUCGACGGCAGUGAGGAGCCCACCAAGUUCCCGUUCGAGGAGGGGCCCGGCUCACAGAACCCUGCCGGCCAUGGGGAGGCCGAGGCUCCUCAGCGACUCGCCAGAGAGGUCUCCGAGGAGCCUGUCCAGACCAGGCCCCAGGCCGGCUCAGCUCUGGCUGGUGGCCCCUCAGCUCCCCCAUCCCCCGGGUCCCAGUCUGGCACGUCCAGGGGUCAGGGGGCCAGGGAGGGCAGCGAUCCUAAGCCCAGGCCAGCUGGCUCCCCCAGACUGGGGGUGGCCAGCCUGUCCAAAACGGCAGACUACAAGCCCCAGCCCUCGCCCUCCCAGCGCUGCAAGGUCUACACCCAGAAGGGCUCCCUGCCCGGUCCUGCCCCGCCCCCUCCACCUCCCCCACCGCCUCCUCCCCAGCCCGAGGCCCGGGCAUCCCCGGUCGGGAUGAGCCCGCAGGCGGCAAAGAGGCCGGCGGCAGAGCCGGAGGUGGCAGUUCAGCAGAGGCCACUGGAGCUGAAUGGGGAGGAUGAGCUGGUCUUCACCCUGGUGGAGGGGCUGGUAGCCAGCAGUGCCCUGGGCGGGGGCCGGCCCACCAGCAUCGCCAGUCUGGACAGCGACUGCUCUGUGCGGGCCCUGCCUUCGGGAUCCAGGCCCGUCAGCAUCAUCAGCAGCCUUCACGAGGAGCUGGAGGGCAGCCUGCCCACUUCCCUCUCACAGCUGAGCCUGGCCCAAUUCCUGCCCUUCGAUGAGCCAAGCCCAGAGGGGGAGGAGGGGGGCACGGUGCCCGUCAGCCGCCGCUCCUCAAUCAGCUCCUGGCUGAGCGAGAUGAGCACGGGCAGUGACGGGGAGCAGUCGUGCCACAGCUUUGUGGCGCAGGGCGGCGAGGGUCAGGCACAGCCCCGGCUCCCUGCUCUUGAGACAGGUGAUGUCAGCGGCCCCCAGGAUGAGGGGCCGGCCCAUGCGCAGAGCGGGAAGUUCUCCAUCAUGGACCGGUUCCUGCGCCUGCGGGAGAAGGGGUCCGAGGCCGGAGGCAGCCACCAGGUGGCGGCUGGAUCCCGCGGUGUGACAGGCUCUCCAGGGAGGGCCACCGGGUGUAGCUCCAGCCCGCUGGGCCUGGCUGCGCACCAGGGAUGCUCCCCGUCCCAGACUGAAGUCCCAGUGUACCCCAGCAUCAGUCCGAAGCCCAGUGACUCGAAUGAGGGGGGUGGGAGCUCCCAGGAGCCAUCGCCUGCACCCAGCCGGGCCUCUGGUGGAGAGCCAGAGGGCGACCAGGCCUCCAGUGGGGUGAGAUUCGAGGACCCUUGGCUGAAGCGGGAGGUGGAGGAGGAGCAGGAGGAUGAGGAGGAGGAAGGAGUGUCUGGGCUGGAGGGGAGCCACAGCUCAGAGACGAAUCGGGAUAAAGUCCAGGGCUGGGUGGGGAGUGGGGAUUGGUCCGGCGGGAGGGUGGCAGAUGGCUGCGAGAUGGCACUCAGUCCCUCCCCCAGCCAGGCCUCCGUCCUCUCAGCAGAGGGUGGAAGCGGUGGGAGCCAGGCCCCAACUCCACCUGGUCUCCGUAACGACGUUGAGGCCCCAGCCCCCUCCGGUCACCGCGAUGACAUCGAGGCCUCAGCCCAGUCCUGUCGCCAUGAUAAUGCUGAGGCCGCGGCCCAGCCUCGUCACCAUGAUGAUGCUGAGCUCUUGUCCCAGACCUGUUGCCGCGACGACACUGAGGCCCCGGCCUGGUCCAGUUGCCGCGAUGAUGCUGAGGCCCCAGCCCCGAGGACUCCCUGCCUGGGCACAGAGAGCAGCGCCUCCCCCUCACAGGCCACCACCCCUUGCAGUCCCAGGACCACCCUAGAACGCAGACUGGGCUCCCCCAAGCACGGGAUGCUGCCCAAACCCAAGGGCAUGCCACCUCUGCCCCCGGUUCGCAAGUCCAGCCUGGACCAGAGGAACAGGGCCAGCCCUCAGCACUUGCCCUCCGCCCCAGCACAGACUGGCAUCCUUGACGACUGGAAUCCUAAGGCCAAGAACCCUGUCGCAGAUGCCGGUGGAAAGGGAAGCAGCGGCAAGGGUGAGCUGGCCAGUUCCCGGACCAGCUCCCUGAACCGCAGGGGCGCUGGUCACUACGACUGCCUGUCUCUGGAGCGGCUGGGUAGUCUGAGCCCUGGAGGCCCCAAGCUGGGCGCCGGACGGGACAGCACCAUGCCCAGGACUGGCAGGAGCCUGAACCGGGCUGGCCCUGGCCCCUCCUCGCCCACCCACACAGGCCCGGCCUCCUCACCGAAGCCUGGACCCUCCAAGAUGUCGGCUGUCAGCAGGCUGCUGCUGGCCGGCCCCAAGUGCCGCAGCCUCUCGGCUUCCAGCACCAAGACCCUCAGUUUCUCCACCAAGUCGCUGCCGCAGUCGGUGGGCCGCAGCCCCAGCAUGCCCUCCCACUCCAGGAACAUGUCCUGGUCCACACAGUCGCUCAGCAGCAAGCAGAGCCGAGGUGCCUCCGGCCUGGUGGCCAAGCUACCGCUGCGUGCUGUCAACGGCCGUAUCUCUGAGCUUCUGCAGGGGGGCAGCAGCCUGUGGGCCCAGCAGACGCCCGGAGGAGGUGGAGGCGAGCCUGAGGGCCAGUCCCCAGACAAGGCCGCGCCACCCCCUCCCCAGGCCCUGCCCUCACCCUACAGCAAAGUCACGCCCCCUCGCAGGCCCCACCGUUGCAGUAGCGGGCACGCCAGCGACAACAGCAGCGUCUUGAGUGGCGAGCUGCCUCCGGCCAUGGGCAAGACCGCCCUCUUCUACCACAGCGGAGGCAGCAGCGGCUACGAGAGCAUGAUGAGGGACAGCGAAGCCACGGGCAGCGCCUCCUCCGCUCAGGAUUCCACCAGUGAAAACGGCAACUCCGUCCCCGGACGCUGCAGGAGCCUGAAGUCCCCAAAGAAAAGGACGACUGCAGGAUCCCAGAGACGGCGCCUCCUGCCCGGCCCGUCGUCUGAGGCCGCACCUAUUGCCAGGAAACCAGCCGGCAGCUCCGGCCUGCGCUGGGUGGACCUCCGGCCUGUGCAGAGGGGGAUGGCUGAGCCCUUCGAGAUCAAGGUCUAUGAGAUAGAUGACGUGGAGCGGCUGCAGAGGAGGAGGGCGGCCGAUAACAAGCUGCGGGGAUUUAUCUGUUUCAACGCAAAGCUGAAGAUACCCGAGAACCGGCAGCAGAGGAUUUCAGAGGUCAAAACCAAAUACAACGUGUUGAUGCAGGAGCUGGAGGCAACCAAACAGCGGCUGAUGUUGGAGCCCAGUAAAUGGAUCAGUGAGUUCGACCUGGACCAAGGGUUUGAGGUGGACUCACUGGAAUACCUGGAAGCCCUGGAAUGCGUCACGGAGCGACUGGAACACCGGGUCAACUUCUGCAAAGCUCACCUCAUGAUGAUCACGUGUUUCGACAUCGCCUGCGGAAGGCGUUAA